AUGUCGUACUACGGUGCUCCCCCUCAAGCCCCGUAUGGCCAGCCAUAUGGACAGCCUCCAUACGGGCAGGCUCCCGGAGGCUAUGACCGCCCCCCGUAUGAUAACCGCCCGCCAUACGGACAGCCCCCCCAAGACCGCCCUCCAUACGAACAGACUCCUUCUGGCGAGCGUCCGCCAUAUGAGCGCCCCCCAUAUGACCGGCCUCCCUCUGGUGAGCGUCCACCGUACGAGCGCCCCCCAUACGAACAGCCUCCUCCCGGCGACCGUUCGCCAUACGAGCGCCCGCCAUAUGGGCAGCCCCCUCAAGACCAGCGUCCCCCCUAUGACAGACCACCAUACGAUUCAGACCGUUCCUUCGACUCUCGCCCUCCCUAUUCUUCUGCACCACCUUCUGCCCGUCCUCCUCAAUUCCCCCCACCACCUCUUCCCAUGGGCUGGGUCCAGGAGUGGGAGCCCAACGCCCGCCGCGCCUUCUGGGUUGAGGUAGCCACGGGAAACUCCCAGUGGGAACAGCCUCUUGGCGAUAGCUCGCGUGACAUGGGUCCUCCCGGGGGCCCUCCCCCUAUCAUGAGCCCCCCUCCUUCCGGCCCGAUUAGCCCUCCCCCCGGUGGCUACUACGGCGGCCCCCCUCCCCAGGAGGGAGGCUACUACCCUCCUCCUCAGGGCGAGACCGAGGAAGAGCGAAAGAAGAGUGAUAGGAAGAAGAUGCUCAUGGGAGCCAUGGGAGGUUUGGCGGUUGGUGGUAUUGCCGGAGCUGUUCUUAACCAUGAAUUUGGUGGCGACAGCAGCUCCGAUUCUGAGAAGGAAGAAGAAGAAGAAGAAGAAGUCGAGCACAAGAUCGUGGAGCAGCACAUUUACCACCACUACGAUGAGCCUCCUGAGGAGCGCUCUUAUUCCCCUCCGGUGGAUGAUUGGUAG